CGUCCGAGGUACAUCAGUCACAACAGCAGCGAAGCUCGUUCACCAACUCAUAUGCACGCUUCACGUGCUUGGUGCAUGCGUGACUGCCUGAUUACUGGCCCACCUUCACCGAUGUUUUCUGGUGACAAUAAUAUGCCCUUUCGACAGAGACACUGCGUAAACCACUCGUUGCUCCCCUGACAGGAUCCUGGUCACGCGCUGUCUUCCUAGCAUACAUUCCUUUCCCAGCAAGACUCUGGAAUCGAGAACAAUGGGUGGUCCCAAAUUCCGGACGCGACCUGAAGUGGAUCUGGUUGCUGAGCUCCUACGACGUGAUAUCAACAUGUACCGUACCAGGAGCUUCGACGAUUUCAUGAAUGAAGGAAUCAACGUCAAUGUAUACCCGGCACGCGAGGCACAGCGCAUCAAUGACUCAUUGGGUCACCUUCUUGGCUUCACUCACUACAACUUCGAGGUUUGGGGUGACCAGGAGAAGGCCAUGCAAGUUCGGCUCACUGGAGCGCAUCAAGCUCUCGUUCACUGUCGGGCCAGAUGGGUCCAUGUAGAGGCUUACCUGCGGUAUCUGCCUCACAGACAGAGACCUGAUGCAGCGCAUGCAAUCAAUAGGCCGCGUCUUCAAUGGGAAUGGUGGCUUGCCAACGGGAAGCUGUUUUCGUUCCUGACCCUACCCCGGGAGAUACGAGAUCAGAUAUAUAUCCAUACAUUUGGCUUCACUACUGAACCCUAUCCGACGUGUAAGAGCCGAAGGCUAAUGGGCCGUUUCGCUGGCAUGCAAAUCCAGAAACCGAGUGUCGCCUUUCUUAGACUGAACAAGCAAGUCAGUGCAGAAGCGGUAAAGGUGUUGUACUUGUAUAGCACAUUCGUUGCGGCACAGACUCGCGUCCUUGCUCGACUUCUAUCUAAGCGGUACCCACAAGAUAGCAUCCGCCGACUCGAAAUAGCACUGAGUCACCAAGAAUUUCUCAGGCUCUUCGGCUUCGCUCAUGCGGGGUUUGCAAUAUAUGAGCGGCAGGAGACUGCAGAGGCCUUGCGGCAGAUGAAACUCGACAACCUUACACUCACAUUCGCAGCUCCAUCCCUGACCGCCGUAAGCCAGAAUCUUGACGGUGCCUGUCAGAGAGUCGUGGUCGACUGGAUCCUUGAAGCCGCCUGGCCUUCGGUCCGUGGCCUUUUUGUGACAGUGGCCGGCUACGUCAAAACUGCGCAAAAGGCAAAGUUCGAGACUGCUUGCGGGACGGUGCGGGCGCAGAUCAGUCGGUGGAACAGAUUGCGAAGGGCAUUGGGCUUGUUCGAGGGCACCUUGCCAGAGUAUGAUCAGUGGCUGGCGGAGGCGGAGGGAGACUCUGAAGGGGGUGUCAGCAUUGUCGACUUAUCCAAAUGUGCCAAUGGAUACCUAUCAUUGACCGCUAAACAGGAGAUACCACCGGUAUGUCGAUGCAGAGUACUGUGCACAGCUGAAAAGUGGUCGGCGGAUGACUGAGGGCGGAAACGAUGGCUCGGGAGCUGGGAGAUGGCUAGAAGUUUUGCUUUGUCAGAAAGAUGUCUACUACACGGACAAAAGCCGAUCAAAUCUAUAUCCUCAAGGGCCAUCAACAUCACUAGA